AUGGGUAGAGUCAAAUCAGAGCAGCCCCCCGGCAAAAAGGCUCAAGCCAACGGCCGAGACCAGCGCGAUCGCGGUGGCCGUGGACAUGGACGUUUCCAGCAGGAUCGAAUGCAUCGCAUUCCCGCCCCGUGGUCCGCUCGCGAUGAUUUCGCCAUGGGACGUCUCCGCUCCCCCGUCCCCGCCCCCGAGCCUUGGGUCUCUGUCGGAGACCUCGACAGAAACCUCCAGAAGUGGAUGAGAGAGGGACAGCGGGACGAGGUGCUGUCCAGAUGGGGCCUGGGACCCGGCGAGUACGAUAUUCUCGAGGACCGCGUCCUCGCUGACAUUGUGACCAAGUGGCCCGACGCGACUGUCGCCCUGCUCUACGACAAGGCGCAGGAGGCCAAGGAGCACGUCUACCGCCACUUUGCGGGCCAGGGCAAAGUCCGCAUCAGUCUCGAGGCGAGCGACUGGCUCAAGCUUGAGGGCUUGUGGAAGCUUAUGGACAAGGCUCACAGUCACGAGGAGCGCAAGUACCCUUUUGACUACACGUACGGCCAGAUCCGCUUCUUCGACCGCGGUUUGAUGGAUAAGCAGUACGCCUUCUACUUCAAGAAGGACGAGCACGAGCGCGCCCGCGCCCAGGACGUCGCUCCGCCUGCCAUCGCUACGGCUGCCGCCGCUGCCGCCACCCCGAUCGCUGCCCGCCCGAUGUCGGUUCCUCCUGCCGCCGCUGGUACCUACCUUAUCCGAGAGCAGGCGCACAUGCCGACCGCCUGCAUGGCGGCGCCUGGAGGUCCUACUCCCGCUGGCCAGGGUGGCGGUGGUUGCUGUACUGGCAACCACGGUCCUGGAACCUUCGUCCCGAUGGCUUCGCAGGGAGCCUGUAUGAUGGGAGGAGGAGGAAUGGGCCAGGCGGUCGUCCAUGGAGGUACCGCGGGCACCUUCUACCCUGCGCCUCAGCACCAUCACCAUCAUCAUGGAGCGCAGCCGGGACCUGGCAUGGGCUACUACUAA